AUGACCAUAAUCUCAAAUGAUCCUAGCUGGUGGCUGCUCAUCAAUUCAUAUCUUCUUUUCAGCUAUUUUAUGGUUGCUAUCUCGACUGGCGUAAUAUACGAUUGGGUACUUGCAUUUGGACAAGAGGUUGAAUUGAUUUGGGUGAGCAGAGAGCCCUCAUGUCCGAAGGAACGACGUAACAAUAACAUAAAUCUGCGACAGAAGCAACACUGGUCCCUGAUGACUGUCAUGUAUCUCACUGUGCGCUACGUUGGGGUAGUAUAUGCUGGCGUGAACAUACAGAGCUAUUACAUGUACUUCGCGCUAUAUUGGACGAUUUGGGUCCUGAUUGCAAUACUUGGUGGUGAGCCUACACAGUUGCGAUACCUCGACUUCACUGAAAUAUCGUGCAAAGUCAUCAUGAUUGCUCGAUUACAUGCCAUGUAUCAACGAUCCAGAAAGGUUCUGGUACUCCUCGUUGUUGUCUUCACAGCCAUCGUUAUCGCCAAUAUAGUGAUGCUCACAAUCAACAUGAAGUAUAUUUCAUCGGAGCAAGCCAUCCUCUCUGGCACCUAUCAGUGCAUUGCUGACAAUCUCCAAUGUUUGGGCACCAUCCCUUGGAUACUCACCGGUGUGUGGGAGGUGUUCACACUGUGUCUUGCAGUCCGGAUUGCUCUAAAGCACUUCCGUGAAUUGCGACAACACUCGGCGGGAGGUAUUAUUAGGGACUGUUUCGUAGUGUUAAUGAAAACUCACGUGAGUUACUUUGUGAGCUCCGUUGUAGUUUUAUGCCUUUGCCUCGGUUAUUGUUCGCCAACGAUGCCAAAGGACCCAUAUUCCCCAGCAAUUAUGACUUAUUUUGGUUUUCUCGAAAUAUUCACCAUUGUGCAGUCAGCUGUACUGGGACCACAGCUGAUCCUCGGUGUUCGAGAAUAUUACGCUAGGCUCAUGAUCGACUUCGAUGCAGGACCUAACCUGAGUUCAAUUGCUUUCCAAGAAUCUGUGCAUGUAUCAACUAGCAAUAGUAUGUGA